AUGUCUUUACCUGCAAUCUUGUCGCUCCUCAAGGCCCUCGUUCUUGCUAUCACAAGUCUCCUUAGUCCGGAUUCAUUCCUCGCUGACGUCUUCAAGACCAGGGGCACCUCUAUGAAACACAGCUGCAUUUCUUUCAUUUCGUCUGCCUUGACACAUCGGCGAACUUGCAUAUCCGGUUUCUCCCGCUCCAGAUCGUUUGCCACCGUACUUAUUAAGACGACACUGUUCGUAUCCGCUUUAAUAUUCACAUUCGUAUAUCUGUUGCUCUUCGAACUUGGCAUUUCCAGGUUCGCCGCUUCGUUGGCGACCGGAACACAAGCCAUUCCUCGUUUCGAGUUCAAGGGUCUAAACAUGCCCACCAACACGAGAACAUCUUCCUCCUCGCAAGACAGAACAGCUGUGGAUUGGUAUAAGUCAAACCACGAGGAACCUAUGGCUGCCCGCGAUGACGACGACGAACAGGAGUUCCCCUCCAAGAUUGGCGGGAUUGCUAUGGACGACGACAGUCGCUUUACACGCUCUCUGCAUGCUGUAUCCCAACUCUCGGAGACCGCGCCUCUUGUGCAAGUUCGUAAAGCUCUACACGAAACUCAGGAAGAGCAUGGUGCCCUUUUCGACGCGUACUGCGCCGUCAAAGACCAGGUUCGCGUGUUAUAUGCGCUGCUACCCAAGGACAAGAAGAAAAGUUUCGAUAGGGGCCUAUCACUCCAGUCUAUGAUAUCCGAAAGUAAGUUCAAGAGCAAGGGCGGCGGUUUCUCCAAGUGCAUCCGCCCUUGGGUUGCCGACGGCACCUUCCCGCUGUCACCUCUUGCAAGGAGCAUCGAUCCCGCUGAUCCUUCCCGCUUCGAGGACGCGAAGGCGAUGGGCCUAGGGAACAUGGCCGAUGUUUAUCGGUUCAUGGGCGUUGAAGAGAUGGGAGAUCUCAUAGAGCAGGAGGAGACGUUCGCCACUACGUUUACCCAGGCUGUUGACGCUGGGUGUCGUAUCUACACUACCGCUCUGCGUGCCGCGGAACUGAGCAUUUUUGGACCUCUUACAGUGGCGAGGAAGUUGAGCCUCCUCAAGAAGAAGGUCGAUUCCCCCAAGUACGAACGACACGCGCCCGUCUUGUAUGCAAAUCCGGAUCGUCUACUCCCGCAAGAAUUUCUUAUGUCUGAAGUACUCGUUAAGGCAACGAUCGUAAAGUUCUUUGGUCUGAGCGGUCUGAAGCUCCGCCGCGUGCGUCGGCCUCGCUCGAAAGCAAAAGGAACGCAGCUCACGGUCAUAGACCCGCCAAUGAUUGCAAGCUCCACUGCUGAUGUACGCUACCUCCUGUCAAACGAUCCAACCUACGUAAACCCUGGCUUGCCCUCUGGCAUCCCGUACGGCGACGACAGGGACUAUAUUUUGAAGCUUCUAUUUACAGGUAAUGCCGUGUGGACCUUCAAGGUCCAGGAGUACUUCAACUACGAAAUUCUCGGUAUUCCACCCUCAUCAUCCGACCACCCUGUCUUGAAAGAGCUUCCGGCACCUGUCGAUCAGGAGAAGGAUGAAGACGAAGAGCUCAUGGCUGGUCUCGAACAGUACUACGCACCCAAACCACCCGCCGACUCCGAGUCUUCCCCUCCGGCGGGAGCGUCAUCUACUAACAGUUCUCACUCGCUCUCGGCCCUUGCCAAGCAAGUUCGUCGUAUGGAACUGGAUCCACAGACCAACUCUCUCGAGCGCCCGGACACCGCUGCCGAGGUCGAACAUCAGAACGAGGAGGACGAAGACGAAGACGAGGAUGAGGACGACUCGGAAGGAGGGGACGGGGAGAACAAGGCUGAGUAUGCUGAGCAGGACGAGGAUUCUAUUCCCACUGCUUACGCGCAAGAUCGGACACGAGAUGCAGCUGGCGGCCUGCAGAGGACGUCCGCAUACUUGGAUAUUCAGGCCAAGGACGGCAAGAACUCCUCCGUCAGCGCGAGGGCGGUGGGCGUCAUUCGCGAAGACAGCAUCUCGGCCGGUCACACAUCAAAGAAUCAGGGUGGAGGUACCCCCUUGGACUCUAUUUCUACUCAUCGAGCCCUUCGAGCUCGAGGGAUGGCUACUCGCAAUGGAACCAAUGCCGGCAGGUUGGAGGACCUGGAUCCACAAGCUGAUGCCACAAUGGCAGGGAUCAAAACCAAGGGAACUACGGCAAAGGGGAAAAAAGAGGGUGAACAUCGCCUCCGAGGCUCAAACUGA